AUAAGUGUCUGCUCACUGUCUGGCUGCCGCUUGAUCAAAUCACCUUUGCUUUUCGAUCUCGACGUUUUUAGCUGGCAUAAUCCAUGCGUAAAUCGAGUGUUUAAGCUUUAUUGAGAGUUUGUGCAGUCUUCUUGUACGAUCUAAGGGGAUUUUAUCGCGAAGAAGGAAAAAGGUGAGGCACCUAAUAAUAUUACCAGCAAUGAUGGAGACUGUUGAUCACAGCACUGAUACUCUGCAAGUACUUGAUCACAGUCUAGCAACAGUUGUAAAAACAGAAGAGCCUAUUCCCUCUUCUGAAUAUGACAUCCCUGGUCCAUCGCUUGAUCUUCGUUUUGACAUGGCAUUAAAUGAGAAAUUAGAAUACUCCAAGAAUCUGACUCCCACUACCCAGAGCAAAAAAGAGCUUUACAUUAAGCUUGAUGACAUCCUCAUCACAUCCCUUCACGAAGCAUUUGAAGUCUAUCCUGGGGCAUCGGUAGACAGGGUUGAAAUGGUGGAGUUUUUAAGCUCUGUUGUGAAGAAAAACAUCUCUGCUUUUCCUGAUUUGGAGAAGAUUAUGUGUCUAAGAGAUACGGUAUUGACAGCAAGAGUAAAAAGGGCGUUCCCUGAGGUAGAAUACAAGAGAAAACAGAUAAGGCAGGAUCACUUCAGGAAGGCGUGGUUGUAUGUCAACAUAAGAAGAAAAGUCCUAUCACAAGAUGACAAAGAAGACGUAAAUGAAAGCAGUACCUCGACAGAAGGUCACCAGCACGUGGCAGCUGAUAACCAUAGCGUAAUAACAUCAGGGAUCUGGAUACCGGAAGUCCAAAAAUCAUUAGAAAACGAAAAGAGAAGACAAACGCCAUUGAACACCCAGCUACCCCCGUCACACAGCCCCCCACUCCUCCAUUCACAGUCCAGUAAAGAAGACCACAAACCAGUCACUAGAUCUGGCCAGUCUAGGGAAAAAAUUGAUAGCAUUUCAUCAAGUACCAAGUCUUCAUCGUCAUCGAUAGCUAGUGGACCUGUUGCUGUGGUAACGGGGUAUAGUACACGAGAGAGAUCUGCAGUGGUAUUGGACAACUACACCAUUACUAAAUGGGUGAAAUCCAACUAUGUAGAAGAUAACACAUCCUAUGUACCAGUGCAGGACGUGGUUAAAGCAUUCAAGAAUUCAUUUGGUAUUGAUAUCACUUAUAAAGAGUGUCACCAGAUGAUCUAUUCAGCCUUCACCAGCCCGAGACAACGAACAUGUCCAUUAAAGACAGUACGUGUAUCAUCGAUGGGUGCUCAGUAUGUCUAUAGGGGAAUAGCUCCUAUUCUACCUAUUGCACCUAUUGCAGCCGAAAAGAAUGACAAGUUUGAGGAAGAUUCGUGCAGCGAAGAUUCAUCUCCUGAACCUCACAGUGAUCCGGUCCAAGAAGAACGAGAAGAAGCAUGGAGAAAACUAGUUGAUGAAAUAAAACAAGAGCGCGACCAAGCUGUCGUAGAUAGAAACCAGGCUCUCUCGGCUCUGAUGGAUCUCGAGAAAGAACACACGCAUGCGCUAACGAUUAUCGAUCAACUGCGCAAAGACCUCGAAGUUAAAGUUACUACAAGUAGUUUCAACGGGAGAACCGGGUCUAGUAAACUCUCAAGAUUAUCUCCGUCAAAUUUCGAAAGGUUUUCAGAAAGUUCCGCUUCAAAGGCAGAAAAUAAUAUAUUAUCAGCACUGGCUCCCACGUGUGAGAAGUGUUCCUCUGGAAAACYGGUGUACGAACACCUGAAGGACGAAAGAGAACAGAUAUGGAGGGAAAUUGUUAAUAAAAUAACUACAGAAAAAGAGGAAGCUAAGAGUAGACUGGAGGUGGUGAAGAAAGAGCGAGAUUCAUAUCUAGAAAGACUACAUGGUUUUGAAAAAGAAAACCAGCAGCUUCGCGACUCGGUACCAUGCUCUUCUCCAACCAGCACGAGUUCAAAGGUCAACAUGUCAAACAUACGACCAAUCAAGAUAGAGAGCCGUUCUGAUGUCAUAAGAAGUAAUAUCAUCAAAAAUAAUAAUGCAAACAUCAACAAGAACAGCAAGGAUUCUCUUAGUUCUGUACUUUCGCAUUUAAGAUCAAAAAGGAAACAAAGCACCCCAACAAAGUUUAGCAAAGUUCCACGUCUCUCGAACUCUGAAAACGAGGUUCAAGUCGAGUCCAGUGCAUCACCGACAGAACCAGUAUUAACACCAACAUUAAUGGACAGCGGUAGCUCCCCUGAUGACGUAAUAUCUGCAUUUAACAAGAAAGGUCGAUCCCAGACACCUGAAGUGCCGAGGUCAAACUCUGUAAAUGAUACAGAGAGGGAACUGUGCAAGAGUCCUGAAAGUCCUUCUGAGGAUCCAAGAGAAAUGCUCUUGUUUUUCGAAGGCAGUGACAUGGUAGCAUUCAAACCUCACCCAAUGGAAGAUUAAACUGCACUGCGAAGUACUAACAUUGUUUUUACGUCAUAACUUUGGUGACGUCACAACCUUGACGUUGAACAAGAAUUCUUAUUCAACCAUAUGCUUGCGCAAAAAUGUAUGUAUCUUUGCCUGACCUACGAAAUAGGAACAAGUGUUACAUAUUUAUAGAGUCCGCGGAUCGGUAUAUUGAUAUGAAUGGAGGUCGAGCAUGAUUGACAGUGAUCAUUCUGCUAACAAAAAACUAAAAGCAUGACAAGAAAAGUAGAAGAACCUUGAAAACUGGAUUGACAAGGACGUGAGAAGUGAGCGAUGAAAAAUUGCCUUAAAAAUUCCCGUCUUGACGAGGAAGCCAUCGUCCUCCGUUCACAAAUUAGGCUCAUGUCAAACGUCGAACUUCGCAUGAGCCGAACCUAAUGGCAUCAAAGAAGACCGCCUUGUUAUCCAUGUUUUUAAUUAGGUUGGGCUUGUGUGAAGUUCGACGUUUGGCUUAUUAUAGAGGUUUUGCACCAUCAUGUGCCCAUGCCCAUAAUACAGCUUGGACUACCUGUGGUUAGAUGGCUGGGCCGGGUUGUUCAAAGCUGGAUUAGCGCUAAUCCAGGAUUAACUCUAUAGGUCUUAUUAAGAGUUCAUCCAGGAUUAGCACUAAUUUGAACAACUGGGCCCUGGGCCCAGACCAAUAAAAUCCCAUUACUCUAGAGAAUUGAAUUCUUUCUUAUGUAAAACUAUUGUGUUGUUCCUGCCAUCAACACGGCUGCCGUCACGUGAUGGUGCAAACCUCCAUUGCACAUCGCAUAUAAAGUAUUCACAAACUCAAAUGAUAUUAUCACAAGGCGACGAAGGACAUCACUAAUGUCAUCAGUAUGAACACUCGAUUAAACCCCUGAUAAGUGUUUAUUCAUUCAUUACGCACUAGGGUACGUGUAUAUAUUGUAUAUUAAUUGUAAUAUAUGUUACCUAAGCUAUUUAUUCGCCUAUCGAUGCACCGGGAAACUGACAAAGACAAAGCAUUCAAAUAAGGCUGCAAGACCUCGAUUUUAAGAUUGCUUUAGUUGUGUUUAACCAGUCGACCGAUAUCUGGAAGGAAUACAACGUAAUGGAAAAUUGAGUUUUUAAGGAGAAAUUGUUACAAGAGUGUUGCCAAGAGGUUCUAAGAUCCAAGACAAAGUGAUACAGGGCGUGCGGACCUUAGAUAAAUUAAUAAACCAGAGAUCCGUUUAUAGAUAUGUGAGAAGAAAAUUUAUCUGUAAACUUUGCCAAUAAAUACAAUGCUAUCUCUUGUUCUCUGA